GCGUCGGUAUAAGAGGUCACGUGACGGCUCAGCUGAUCGCUGUGCCCGAGGAGGAAGCAGCAGUGGCAGCGGGCGGCGUGAGGAGCUCAGAGACUCGCUUGAAAGCCAUCGCUGUGGGCUAAAGGCGUUACUGUGGGCUAAAGGCGUUACUUUCAGAUGAUGGCUGCCAUGCUGACGACGACGACGAUGAUAUUGCCGCUGCUGCUGUGCGCGCUCUCCGCGUGUGCUCUGCCGGCCGGAACCGCUGCCCUGCCCCUCCCUGGCUCCUCUGUUCAGCUGCAGGUGCGCUACUUCGACCAAAUCCUCGACCACUUCAACUUCAACUCCCAAGGGGACAAGACCUACAAGCAACGCUACCUCGUGUCAGACCAGUACUGGGAGAAGGGCGUCGGACCGAUUUUCUUCUACACGGGCAAUGAGGGAGACAUUUGGGCGUUCGCCAAUAACACGGGCUUCAUGAUCGAGCUGGCGCAGGAGUUUAAAGCCCUCAUCGUGUUCGCGGAGCAUCGGUACUAUGGCGAGAGCCUCCCUUUCGGGAAGGAUUCCUUCCGACUGGACACCAUCGGCCUGCUGACCAUCGAGCAGGCGCUGGCGGACUUCGCCGUGCUGCUCGACAGCAUCAAGCAGAACUUCGGGGCCCAGAAGUCCAAGGUGGUGUCGUUCGGAGGAAGCUAUGGAGGAAUGCUGAGCGCCUACUUCCGCAUGCACUACCCCCAUCUGGUGGACGCUGCCCUGGCCGCCAGUGCCCCCAUCCCCUUCGUGUCUGGACAGGGAGACCCCCUGCAAUUCUUCCGGGAUGUCACGGCUGACUUUGAGAAGUACAAUCCUAAGUGCCCGGACAUAGUGAGGGCUGGUUUCAUUGAACUCAAGAAACUUGCCGACAAACAAGAGUGGGCUCAGAUAGCGCAGCGGAUGCGCCUGUGCCAGGCUCCCAGCUCUGCUGCGGACGUGCGGCACAUGUACGGCUGGGCGCGGAAUACCUUCACCUACCUGGCCAUGCUGGACUACCCCUACGCAGCCUCCUUCAUGGGCUCGCUGCCUGCUAACCCGGUCAACGUGGCCUGUGACCUGCUGCUCAACAGCAAAGAUCCUCUGGAUGGACUGAUGCAAGCUGUCGCUCUCUUCUACAACACUAGUGGAACGGCCAAGUGUCUCGAUCCAGCAGCGGAGUUCAUCGAGUGCGCAGACCCCACUGGGUGUGGAUUAGGCCCCGACAGCCUGGCCUGGGACUACCAGGCGUGCACGGAGAUCAACCUGCUGUGCUCCACCAACAACGUGAGCGACAUGUUCCCCGCCCUGCCCUACACGGCAGCCGCGCGGCGCGAAUACUGCGCCAAGCGCUGGGGCGUGGUGCCACGCGAGACCUGGCUCGCCACGCAGUACUGGGGCAAGGACGUGAACUCCUCAAGCAACAUCAUCUUCUCCAACGGAAACUUGGAUCCGUGGGGAAACGGAGGGUUCCAGCACGACGUGGGCGGUAACGUCGCUGUGAAGGUCAUAGGAGGCGCCCACCACCUGGACCUAAGGUACUCGAACCCAGCUGACCCGGAGUCUGUUGUCACUGCCCGCAAGCUGGAGUCCGCUCUGCUGCACACCUGGCUAGCUGUUUAAACCGCGAGAGUCGCUGCCACAGACACACACGCUCGUGCUCAGCCUGCCAGCCACGAGGCAAUAUUCCACGGGUCUCCUUGCUCGGACAGUUUAUCAACAGGUUGGCCAAAUUACAAGUUUACACAGUGGCACUGCUCGCUUCAUUAUCCACCCUGCCGGGAUAAUAAUUAGCAUGAUUCCCUCCACAACUGGGUAUCUGAACCCCGUGGCCUUUUCCGACUGAGAAUCCAAGUGCUGUGGUAGCCACAAUCGAACCAGUGUCCGCAAAUAAUCUUUCCCCCACACCUCCGAUUAGCACGGUUGGCUAUUCGAAAGAAGUUCAACACACGCACACAGAAGAGUCUCAAUCUGUGGAGCACCUCCGUUUUACAUUAUUCACGAUUCCCCACAGAUAAGUGGGGUCAAUUUACCACUAGGCUCGGUGUAGCUUAAUGUCGUCUUCCUAUUUGCCUGCACAAAUCGUGGACGAGCGGCUUGAAGAUCCACAGCCAAACAUGGGAAGAGUCACGGAUUGGCCACAUCCGGAAGUUCUCGGGGAGCUGCAGGCGAGAGGAGUUUCCCUGUUGGUUCACAGGCACAUAAAAAAUAAACUUGACAGCAAACAUCCAGGAUGCCGAGUUGUUAUCAAGUGUCGCUGGAAUAAGCAGAUAUGGUCUGGUGGAUUCCCAUAUUCACCACCAGGUAACAAAUCCCAGGUCCGUGGUCAAUCCUUUCACUCCACCACCACUCUCCGUGGUUGAUCAAAUAAUAGCCACUUGUGAGCAAGUUCUGUGGAGAGACCGGUGCCCUUAAUGGGAAUGUGGAACCGCCAUCGGUAGUACAGGGUCACCAGAGAUGAGCAUCACCAAUUGGAUCCGCGUAUCAAAUCCUGCUCGAUGCAUCAGCCUCAAUGGGCAUGGCAUUAAUUCCACCUGGAGUCUUAAACGGGCUGAAUUGAAGAAAUUAACUUGGAUUUAUUAACAUUUGUAUCAAAAGUAUUCAUUAAUUUUGAUUAUUACAAACACAAUAGGGAAAAGAUCGUGUUAGAUAUGCCACUAUUUUAUUCAGCUUGGGGUGGUACAGUGGCUUGGAGCACUCCACUCCCAACCUGAAGGUGUUUAACUUUCAAAUACCAGCUGCUGAUUGUUUGAAUAGAGGAAUUAAUCUACAAAUCAUCCAUGUGGGAUACUAACAGUGGCCGUUCUAUGGGAACUGCCACCAAAGGAAGGUUGGAAUUUCCGCCACUGGCUCUGGGGAUACUUCAUUUUAGUAGCAGGAAGCUUCGAUUUUGAAAAAAAAAGAAUUAAAUACUGUAGUCCAUACCAUUUGCCCAAAAUUGUAUAAGAUGUAAUUUGGUUCACGAUACAAGCAUUUAAACUUGUGCUGACGAUGCAGUUACGUACACGGUAUGCACAUUUUUACACAUUUGUAAUUCGUGAAGGAGUAAAAUUUUAGUUGCAUGUAACCAACGAGACGGACAAU